AUGCUCGUUCUCCAGCUCAAAUGCACUGCAGGCGAAAGCAAGCUUAAUCUUCUUGGUGCACAGUACUGGAAAUGUUCCCCUCCUGACGAGGAACAACAAUCAAGCUUCAAGACGCACCAAGACAUCCAGAUACUUUAUACUGGUCUACAACGAGCUGUAAGUGCAGUCGGUUAUAAGCGGCCUGAUUGGGAGCAGGCGUUGAUGGCGAACUGCCUCGUGUCUUGGGCGUCUAUGGAAGCGAGGAUGAAAAAGACACCCGCAAUCUCUCGGCCGUGCUCAAUACCAUCAACGUCCAGUAAGAUGUUACAGCUCAUUCCAAGCACUACACCCAUUCGAACUUUUGAAGAUCAUGAGGACGCCACACUUCGUCUUUGGGACUUGGAGACAGGUGUUGUGUUGAAGAAGAUGGAAGGGUAUAGCAAUUGGGUGCGGGCAUUGGCGGUGUCACGAAAUGGUCAAAUAAUAGCAAGCAGUGAUUUGGGUGGAGAAGUCAUCGCCUGGCACGGAGAAACUGGCGAAUCCAUCACCCAACCCAUCAAAGCCCACCCCUAUCAGAUCACCUCGGUGGAUUUCUCUCGGGAUGGAAUGGUGCUGGCCACUGGUUCAUGGGACAAGACGGUCAAGUUUUGGAGUACCAAAACUCCUGUCCACUGCGUUCGAUAUUCGCCUUCUGGUGAACUUCUUGCCAUCGCAACAUACGAUAAUAUCCAAGUUUAUAAUCCAGGCACAAGGGAACGCGUCGCAUUUUUGACAGGUUGGAAUGUGUCACUCGCGUGGACGCCCGAUGGCACACGCCUUCUUUCAGGAGGCAGUAAAUACAUAUCAGAGUGGGACACAUCAACCUGGCAGCAGGUUGGUCAUCGCUGGGAAGGCCACACUAAAGAUAUCAACGCCAUUGUCAUUCAUCCCUCUGGCACGCUCGUCGCUUCUGCAUCUGAUGACAACCAUGUCCGUCUCUGGCGGCUCUCAGAUCAACGAACCAUCGCCGUCUUCCAGCAUUCAUCGUCGGCGACAUGUGCCACGUUCUGUGUGGACGGCAAGCACAUCCUCGGCGGAGGCGAGUUUCCUUUUUCUGACUCUCAUUAUGCAAUUCGAGCAUCCUUUGUACAGAUUCUUGACAUCACAAUUGCAGCCCGCGAUGCAUGUCUAACUGGGGACUUGUCUAUCGCCGAAGAGCUCCUCACGCAAGAUGUCCACACCAACGUUGACGACUUUAUUUCGUAUGCCAAUCGUUCAUUCGUCAGGGCUCGGAAGCACGACUGGGACCAUGCUCUUGAUGAUGCAAUCCAGUCCAUCAACUUUCGGCCAUCAUUGGUAGGCUUUAUCUCUAAAGGCAUCGCCCUCUGCGGAAAAGGCCACGUCCGGGAAGCAAGGAUAGCAUUUGACGUCGCAUCUAUGUUCACAAGCCAAAAUUCACAAAUCAACCAAUUUCUUCUCCUGAUCAAGAUCAACAUGAGGAAGCAAUGCUGCUCAUCAAAGACCUGGCUGUCGCUUGUCCCAAUGUCGAUCCUCGCACGUCGUGUCGUGGAAACAUAUCUGCGUGUUCAGCUCGGAAUCAAAGCUAUCGAUGGCGCGCGUCACGACGAAGCCGCUGAUCACUUCACUGCCGCUGUUAACUCAGACGCUUUAUCAUCGAAAUACAUUCAUUUCGCAUACCAGGACUUGACCAUGCUCUUCGGCUGGGAUCUCGAGUCCUUGUUACUCACUACACACCAGAAACGGUGCCAGGCAUUCCUUUCGGCAGGUAAACUCGACGAAGCCCUCCAAGCACACAAAUACAUGAUGGACGCCAUCGACGACAUCGUGAAGGCCAGCUGUCUCGAUUGGUCCAAUGGCAAGUCUUCCGAGAAAUGCAGCACGCUCGCUGCGGACAACGACCGUAUUCUUGGUGCAGAGAUCCCCGGGCAAGAGCAAGAUGGCUAUGAUGCAGGUCCCAAUUUCUUCUAUGGAACCCAUCAACAUUCUCAGAUUUCCAGGCCAAGAGUUCAACAACGCCCUGGGCGCCUCAAAAGAUUCAGGCUCGCUAUGGCGAGGAGGCCUCAGGAAGCUCCUGCACCUACACCUGCACCACCCACCACCUCACCACCAGUCACUGUCACCACCACCAUCAAAACUCAUUUACGUCACCUAUUCUCCCGGUCACCCCAUCAUGUAACACCGCCUGUUGUCGAGGUUCCUUUUGCCCAGGGUCGACAACGUAAUGCUGCAGCGGGUGCUCCUGGGAGUGAGCACUCCUUGAUACGCGAUGAAGACGCUCUUUCGCCGGACCCCAAUACGCAACAGCACCGACAACAACAGCAACAACAACAGCAGCAAGCAGUAGCAAUCCCUAUAGACCCUGGGCAACACGGAGGCGGAAAGUCCUGUGUCUGCUGCUAG